AAACAUUAUAGCAAAACAAUGAAACGAAGUUGACAUUUGUAAAUGGCAGUACUGACAACUACUUUGUUUUGUUUGUAGGACAGACACUUCAAUUUUCAGUUGCAUAAAAUAAUCUUAAAAGUAUAAAACAUGUUUAAGAUAUAUUUUCCUCAAAGGAUUUUUACAAUCACUCGAAAUGGACAACGUACCAUCUCAUCUAGUGGCAGAUUGUUAAAUAAGGAAACAGAAUGCAAAGAUAUUGUCGCUGUACCGAAAGGUUAUGUGUAUGUCAACAACAAAGAAUUAAGUAUGGAUAUGAAAGACAUAACCGACCGUGCUGUCACAACAAUGUUUUUGUCAGAAUUAGUGCGUGGAUUUGCUGUCACAUUAGCUCACAUAUUUAAGGAACCGGCUACAAUAAAUUAUCCAUUUGAGAAAGGUCCUCUAAGCCCUAGAUUUCGUGGCGAGCAUGCUUUACGGAGAUAUCCUAGUGGCGAAGAACGCUGCAUUGCUUGUAAACUUUGUGAAGCUAUAUGUCCAGCACAAGCCAUUACAAUUGAAGCGGAAGAACGUGCAGAUGGUAGUCGAAGAACAACACGUUACGAUAUCGAUAUGACUAAAUGUAUUUAUUGUGGUUUUUGUCAGGAAGCAUGUCCUGUCGACGCAAUCGUAGAAGGACCAAAUUUUGAGUUUUCUACAGAAACCCAUGAAGAAUUACUUUAUAACAAAGAGAAAUUACUAAACAAUGGUGAUAAAUGGGAAUCCGAAAUAGCUUCUAAUAUCCAAGCCGACCAUCUUUAUCGUUAAAUAUGCAAUAAUUCUAGAAAUUAAAAAUAAGUAGAAAGACGUGAAUACAAUUAAAGUAUUCAGUUAUUGAUGCUGAAGAAUGUCAUUAUUAUUUUAUUAAUGAAUAAACAAUAGAAAACGUUCAACUUAA